CCUAGGGUUUCUCUUUGCCUCUUUCUCAUUUCUCAUUUAUCUUCUUCUUCAUGCUUUCCAAUCAUUCUUCUUAUCAUGUUUUCGAUCCCUGACGUAAUGAAACUUAUUAUGUGAAGCUAUGUAUAGUUUUUCCCCCUCCCUUUUUCUUUAAUUUCCACUUAUAUUUGUCUUUUUAGUUUUUAAUACUCGAUCUGAUUGUCUGAUUUUUGGGAUUUAUGCUUUAGGGUUUGCAGGAAUCUAGCUAGGGUUUAAGGAUUUUGGGUAAUUUGUCUGGCAGUUACGUUAUCUAGGUUAAUGGGCAUUAGAUAUCUGUUAAGAGACGGUGAUUGUACGGAAUGAAGCAAUAUCAGCUGUUGGCAUGAUUAAGAAAACGAUUAUGCUGUGUUGAUUUUUUUAUAGCUUCUUUUCCUGUGAGGUUUAGAUCUAUUAUGAUCAAUACUAACCUCUUUGUUUUAUAUUGCUUCAUGGAGCUUAAUUUCAUCUAGUCUCUUUUCUUUUCCCUUGUUUCUUUUUUAACUUGAAAAUUUUUAUUUUAAAUGAAAUCGAAAUCUUGCAUGAUUUGCAAAAUGAAUUGUUCAAAACAAAGCCAUGCUAGUUGUGCACGAGUUGUUAUUCGUUAGUGCCGCUUUGCUCGUUUUAAAAUAUUCUUUUUUCAUUGGACUGGGUGUAUGCAUCAUUAUGUGCUGCAUUUCUGUUGUAUUUCUUCCUUUUACUGGUUGAGUUUGGCAAUUGAUUUAAAUGUGAAUUUAUCAUUAUAGCAUCUUCAGACAAACAAUUGCCAUUGUAUAAUAAGUUGAAUUGGAGAAUUUGAAGUAAAUUUACAUUGUUACUUCUGGGUCUUCCAGAUUGAGUAUUUGAAGAGUUGUAUAUUUCUCCUUUCUAGCUACAAACUUAACUUGGUUUUCUGUAUUCAUAAAUGCAUUAGUUGCUUAUUGAUUAUGCUGGCUUGAGCUGUGAUAGUGGGGAACAUAGAAGAUGGCCAAAAAGAAGAAUCCAUUGGUUUUUAUGGAUGUUUCUAUUGAUGGAGAUCCUUUUGAAAGGAUGGUUUUUGAGCUUUUCUCUGAUAUUGCUCCCAAGACUGCAGAAAAUUUCCGGGCCCUUUGUACAGGGGAGAAGGGAAUUGGUCCUAAAACUGGAAGGCCAUUGCACUACAAGGGGUCCUUUUUUCAUUGCAUUAUUAAGGGUUCCAUGGCUCAGGGUGGUGAUUUUGUUAAACGGGAUGGGUCUAGUGGAGAGAGCAUUUAUGGGGGAAAAUUUCCUGAUGAGGCUCCAAGGCUUAAGCAUGAUGGUCCUGGUCUUCUGUCAAUGUCAAUUGCUGACCGUGACACUCUAGGUUCUCAAUUUAUCAUUACAUUUAAAGCUAAUCAUCAUCUUGAUAGGAAGUAUGUAGUCUUUGGGAAGAUGGUGCAAGGAGAUGAAGUGCUGAAAAAAAUUGAAAGUGUAGGAGAUGAAGAAGGGAGACCAUUGGUAACAGUGAAAAUAAUCAACUGUGGUGAACUUAAGGAGGACAAGAAGAAAGUACAUAAACUGAAAAUGGGAAGAGAUGCUUUAUCUGAUUCUGACAGCCAUGAAGCACGAAAGAAAGGAAAGCACAAGAAAUCUUCAAGGGACAGAAAGAAGAAGAGAAGAAGAUACUAUUCAUCUGAGUCAGAUAGUUCAUCUGAUUCCGAUACGGGAUCGUCCGAGUCAGAUAGUGAUUCUGACUCAUAUGUGUCCUCCUCUGAUAUUAGUUCGUCAAGUGAUGAAAGGCAUAAGAAGAGAAAGAGAUCUUCUAAAAGAGACAAGUAUAGACGUGGGAAAAGAAGAGAUAAGCGGCGUGAAAAGAGGCUAAAGAGACGUGACAAGAGAUCCAAACGUAGAUCAAGAAGGGCAUCAGAUAGCCUUACUGAUGAUGAGAGUGAGAGUAAAAGUGGAAGCAGCUCUGAUGAUGGUCUUGAAGUCCAGGCAAAGGACCGAAGGCAUAAAGAUCCUUCCGUGAAAAAUGGGGAUCAGUCUCCUAUGGUUUUGGAGGAAGAUGAUCCUUCCCUUUCCCAUAAAAUGAGGGAAGAACGUGAUAUGCUUGAAAAGGAAAAGCGUGAGUCCCCCAAGGAAAAUGGAGGGCGGCGGAGCAAUGGCAUUAAGGCAGAUGCUACAUCUGACAGAAGUGAAGAUAGACCACCUGAUGUUGUAGAUGAUCAUCCAGGCAAAUCUAGGAGCCGAAGCAUGAGUCCCAAGAGGACCAUGAGUAAGAGUAUGAGUAUUAGUCCCAGGAGGAGUAUGAGCAAGAGCCCAAGUGUUAGUCCAAAGAGAAGAAGCAUGAGCAGGAGUCCACAUAUUUCACAGAGGAGGAGUUUCAGCAGAAGUCCUGCUAGAAGUGGUAGCAGCAGAAGUCCUGCUAGAAGCAUCAGCAGAAGCCCAGCUAGAAGUGUCAGCAGAAGCCCACUAAGGGGCAAAAAGGCUAGAAGCAUUAGUAAGAGCCCUGUGAGAUCUCGAUCUCGAAGAAGUGAAAGCAGGAGUCCUGUUCGAUCCCCUCCUCAAAGAAGCAAGAGCAGGAGCACACCUAGAGUGUCAUCAAGAAAAUCAAUUAGCAGAAGUCCUGUCAGGUCUUCUAGAAGAGAAUUGAGCAGAAGCCCUGUCAGGUCUCAUCGGCGAAGUGCUAGCAGAAGCCCAGUUAGGUCUAAUCGGCGAAGUGCCAGCAGAAGCCCUGUUAGAUCUUAUCGACGAAGUGCCAGCAGAAGCCCGAUUAGGUCUUUUCGGAAAAGCAUUAGCAGAAGCCCAGUUAGAUCAUCUCGUAGAAGCAUUAGCAGAAGCUCUGGUAGAGCUCCUAAGAGAAGUGCUAGUAGAAGUCCGGUUAGGGCUCCAAGUAGGAACAAUCGUCGUAGCUAUUCAAGAAGCCCUAGUCCUAUACGUAGGGCAAGGUCUCCUGCACGAAGAAGUCUGUCCAGAAGUGUUUCCCCUGAUGGAUCUCCCAAACGCAUUAGAAGGGGCCGUGGUUUUAGUCAACGAUACUCUUAUGCUAGGCGGUACAGAACUCCUUCUGUUGAUCGCUCUCCUGUUAGAUCAUACCGCUUUGGCAGAAUCGACCGUGACAGAUAUUCAAGUUACAGGAGAUAUUCACCCAGGCGGUAUAGAAGUCCACCAAGAGGAAGGACUCCUCCUAGAUAUAGAGGCAGGAGAAGCAGAACAAGAAGCCCAUCUGCAUCACCAAGCCCUCGCUACCGUAACCGUCGCUACACCCCUAGUCGUAGCCCAGUUCGUAGUCGCUCCCCAGUUGAUGCACCUAGGUCUCGAGCCUCUCCUCGUGCUGAUCGUCGGAGGUCUCCUUCUCGCAGCCGGAGCCUAUCAGUAUCACGGUCAUCACUGGACUCCCAGUCUCCCAAACGAGUGAGCAAAGAUAGAUCAAGGUCAUCAUCAGGAAGUCCUAGUGGAAAGCGCGGCCUGGUGUCCUAUGAAGAUGGUUCUCCUGAUUCAGGUGAAAGGUGAACAAGAAUGUAUGUUGUUGAUGUGAUCAAAAUGUGAACUUCUGAUUGGGUUAUUCACAAGCUCGAGUUUUCUGAUGAGCAAGGGCCAUCGGUGUAUUGUCUGUUGGACAUAAACUGCUGUGUUGGUCGUUUUUCUAAGAGGCUAUGUAGUUGUUUUCUGAUUCUUUUAAGUAUGGAUUAGGUUGAUCUUUGGUUUGUUACCCGGGUUUUUUUAGUAAUAAAUAUUGCAUGACUAGAUAUUAGGAGUUAGAAUGUUUGAUGUUUGGAUACUGUAGGUUACAUCAGUGACAGCUUGUGUCCUCCAGAAAGAUGGUUCGAGUCUGUUUGACGAGUUGGUGGAAAAUAUAUGCUUCAAAUGUAUCAGUGAUAUUAGUCAAAUGAGUAUUAAAAUUUGAUAUAAAGUUAAAUA